GUGGCCCUUCCCCCAUCGCCGUCUCGCUCCGAGGCAGAACUCGAGAGGAGCCGGGAGAGGAGAAAGGCUGGGGGGCGUCGUGCCCCGCGCGCCCUCCCGUCUCCCCCGGAACCGCGCCCCUCCGACACCUCCGCGCGGCGGUGCCCGCUGGAUGCCCGGGCUUGUCAGGGAGAAGGACCUCGCUCCCUUCUCUGGAAUUCAGUCUUUCCAGAAUUUGAUACCCCUCCCCCGCUCCGAAUCUGCCGUGGUGGAACCUCUCAAUUCAGAUGUUAGCGGAAGUUCUAGAAUAGAUCACUUCGGAAAGGUGCGGGUGUGCUGAGACUUCGGUGGGGCAGGAAUCCCCAAGAAGAAAGACGACUCUGCCAGUUUCGACACUGACCUCUGAAGCCCGAGCCCUGUGGUAACCCCCCAGGAUAUCUUCACAGUGAAUGGACUUUUGCUCAGGCCAUUCUUACAUCCCCAGAGUUGAAACUAACUUGACUUAAGGGAAACAUUUUUUUAAAACAUCAUAUGCUUUGAUGAAUCACCUCCUUUUCUGUAAAAUGGAUCUUGCAGAGUUAUUGGAGGGGGUAUCUUAGAGUGCUCAUGGAAUAAUACGCUAACUGUAAAUCAAGUAGAUGAAAAGUUGCAGAAUCCAAGGCCCCCUUUUGUUCUUUCUCCAUAUUGCUUGAUGGGAGACAUUAUGGCCCCCAAAGACAUAAUGACGAAUACUCAUGCUAAAUCCAUCCUCAACUCAAUGAACUCACUCAGGAAGAGCAAUACCCUCUGUGAUGUGACAUUGAGAGUAGAACAGAAAGACUUCCCUGCCCAUCGGAUUGUGCUGGCUGCCUGUAGUGAUUACUUCUGUGCCAUGUUCACUAGUGAGCUUUCUGAGAAGGGGAAACCUUACGUUGAUAUCCAAGGUUUAACUGCUUCUACCAUGGAAAUCCUGUUAGACUUUGUGUACACAGAAACAGUACAUGUGACGGUGGAGAAUGUGCAAGAACUGCUCCCUGCAGCCUGUCUGCUUCAGCUGAAAGGUGUGAAGCAAGCCUGCUGUGAGUUCUUAGAAAGUCAGUUGGACCCUUCUAAUUGCCUGGGUAUCAGGGAUUUUGCUGAAACCCACAAUUGUGUUGACCUGAUGCAAGCAGCUGAGGUUUUUAGCCAGAAGCAUUUCCCUGAAGUGGUACAGCAUGAAGAGUUCAUUCUUCUAAGUCAAGGAGAGGUGGAAAAGCUAAUCAAGUGUGAUGAAAUUCAGGUAGAUUCUGAAGAGCCAGUCUUUGAGGCUGUCAUCAACUGGGUGAAGCAUGCCAAGAAGGAGCGAGAAGAAUCCUUGCCUGACCUGCUGCAGUAUGUGCGGAUGCCCCUGCUGACGCCCAGGUAUAUCACAGAUGUAAUAGAUGCUGAGCCUUUUAUCCGCUGUAGUUUACAGUGCAGGGAUCUCGUUGAUGAAGCGAAGAAGUUUCAUCUGAGGCCUGAACUUCGGAGUCAGAUGCAGGGCCCCAGGACAAGGGCUCGUCUAGGGGCCAAUGAAGUGCUUCUGGUGGUUGGGGGCUUCGGAAGCCAACAGUCUCCCAUUGAUGUGGUGGAAAAAUACGACCCCAAGACUCAGGAGUGGAGCUUUUUGCCAAGCAUCACUCGUAAGAGACGUUAUGUAGCCUCAGUGUCCCUACAUGACCGGAUCUAUGUAAUUGGUGGCUAUGACGGCCGUUCCCGCCUCAGUUCAGUGGAGUGUCUGGAUUACACAGCAGACGAGGAUGGGGUCUGGUACUCUGUGGCCCCCAUGAAUGUCCGACGAGGCCUUGCUGGGGCCACCACCCUGGGAGAUAUGAUCUAUGUCUCUGGUGGCUUUGAUGGAAGCAGGCGUCACACCAGUAUGGAGCGAUAUGACCCAAACAUUGACCAGUGGAGCAUGCUGGGAGAUAUGCAGACAGCCCGGGAAGGCGCCGGACUAGUAGUAGCCAGUGGAGUGAUCUACUGUCUAGGAGGAUAUGAUGGCUUGAAUAUCUUAAAUUCAGUUGAGAAAUACGAUCCCCAUACAGGACACUGGACCAAUGUUACACCAAUGGCCACCAAGCGUUCUGGUGCAGGAGUAGCCCUGCUGAAUGACCAUAUUUAUGUGGUGGGGGGAUUUGAUGGUACAGCCCACCUUUCUUCUGUUGAGGCAUACAACAUUCGCACUGAUUCCUGGACAACUGUUACUAGCAUGACUACUCCACGAUGCUAUGUAGGGGCCACAGUGCUUCGGGGAAGACUCUAUGCAAUUGCAGGAUAUGAUGGUAAUUCCCUGCUGAGUAGUAUUGAGUGCUAUGACCCUAUCAUCGACAGCUGGGAAGUAGUGACAUCCAUGGGAACCCAGCGCUGUGAUGCUGGUGUGUGUGUUCUCCGAGAGAAAUGACCAUUGUUGGAACACCAUCCAGAGCUUGUGACCAGUCAAAGGACAGUUUGCGGGAGAAUCAAGGAUCCUUUCCAGAAUGUUUGUUUCUCACUCUAUGCACAGAGUGAUUACAGGCACUGGUGCAGUGAUGAUUGUACUUAUUUAACACACACUCCCUUUUGUGCUGGUUGUUGUCCCCAGGAAGGGUUGGUGACAGAUAUCCAAGGGAAGAGAAUGCACACUGAAUAGAUGUCAGAAACCAGACACCUCUCCCUCUGGUUUGGAGAGCACUUUCUUGUCUUUUCUAACUACCAUGUGCUUGGGACACUAUACAUAAGUUAUGCCUCAUCUAUUGCAGACAACUAAGGUGAGUAUGGCCUACUACAUGUGGGCAAUAUCCAGGCUAGAUAAUUAGAAGGACACCAACUUGAGUAAGUUUGGUAAAAUCCAAGUGUUUUUUUUCCCUAGGAACAAAUAUUCUAAUCUACAGGUAGGUAGGGGCAACACAGUUGCAUUCUGGAGGAAAACAAAAGAGAGAAUCCUAUCAAAACUUUGGGGACCAGGGAGAGAUUCAUAUGACACUCCCUUGGAGGGGGGGGACAGGGCUGGCAUAUCAGAACUGGGGUUGGAAUAAGUGAAGUAAACUGAAUUUAAUGGAAUGUGAGUGAACCUCAAAACACCACUGAAGUAUAACCUGGAAGACUGAAAAAGGUAUAUUAUUUGAAGGACUUUUUAUUUCCCCAAGGUCUUUGGAAAGUGUUGAGCAUCUUGGCACUGGAGACUGAGAAAAUGACAGUGAACAAAUGUUGGGAUAAGAGGAGACGGCAUAAAUGUGGGCGUUCAGUAUACCUGGGGAUGAAUUAGAAGUACCUGUGAUUUUACAAUCGUCUUAUUCCUUGCUGGGGCUCAUCUAGCCAUGGCAACGUUUGCUUUGAAUGGGUGAAAGACUUUCUGUGUUGAAUCAAAUACUACUACAUUAUUACUGUUACACUUCCACAUUAUUUAUUUGGGGAUGGGUUGGGGGUGGCAGCAGCCUAGUAGUUCAGCUACCUGAUUACUGCCCCAUUCUUUUGAGGGCACACUUCUGCUAAGGAGUGCUUUUUACUGCUGUGUUUGGUACAUUUAGUCUUUUUCCUGCUAUAAGAGUCCCUUACUUGUCCUUAGAGUGGCUUUUACUCAUCUCAGAACAGAAUAAUCAAUGACAACCAAAAUUCUUUUGUUAGUUCCAGUACCUCAGCUAUCAACAUUUCUGAGCUACCAGUCAAGGCUUGUCUGUGUCAUGGAGUGAAAUUCUUGUUUUAUGAGUAUUGGGAGUGGGGAUAUGAUAAUCUAAACAAGGAUGCACUUUCCCUUUGUUCUGAAAUUCCAUUUUUGCCUCUUUCUCUGAAUUGUAUUGACCUACAGAAUUAAUUUUUCUUUGUAUUUUUGUAAGAAAAUAUUAAAAAUCAACUGUCUCAAAUGCCUUUAAGAGCAUUUGUGGCUAACCAGCACUGCCUUCAGCAGACAUUUUAAGGGACAAGAUACAGGGAUCCGCUUUAGAUACUGUCUCUUCAACAUGUUUACCUUGUGAGUUUACCAACUACUUCUGCUGUUUCUCUGUUAGACACAGGUAAGAGGUAGGCACUUACUGUUUUGUGAAAGGGCUAUAUAUGCAAAGUACCCAAAUGCAAAAGGAGCCAAAUAAAGAAUGAGGCAGACAAAUCCA